ACUCUCAUGUCGGGCUGUCUAGACCCCGUGUACGUACGUAGGCAGAUUAAAGAAACGUCGACGCUAGCUGCCAGUUCCAUCGUUUUUGAAGGAGUUCUAACUAGGUUAGGUUGAUAUUGUAACACAUCAUGAUGGGAGAUUAACAAUCGAAUACGAUAUUUUUCCAUCUCUCUGUGCCCGUCAACUAAACAGCCGAGUGGCAUCAUGAAGAACACCGUGUCAUCCCUUCUUUGUUGUGCCUUUGCCUUCUUGUUGUGUGAAGAAAUUGCAUCUGGAACAGGAAACGUCGAUAAAAAGGCUCGCAGGGAUGAGGUUCUGGAAAUGUUUGGUCAUGCAUAUGAUUCCUACAUGACAUAUGCCUAUCCAGCGGAUGAAUUGAUGCCACUCAGCUGUAAAGGUCGGGUCAGAGGUCGCGAGCCAAAUCGUGGGGACGUAGACGAUUCACUUGGAAACUUUUCUCUUACUCUCAUAGACACCCUGGAUUCUCUGGCUGUCCUUGGGUUGCUGGAUGAAUUCGAAGAUGCCGUUAAGAAGGUCAUCGCCGAUGUCACCUUCAACACAGACGUCGUGGUGUCUGUAUUUGAGACUAACAUCAGGGUUGUUGGGGGUCUUCUAGGAGGGCACAUUGCGGCCAAAGAUCUUCAGGAGCAUCGUGGCAUCAUGGAGUGGUACAAGGAUGAACUUCUUCAGAUGGCAAAGGAAGUCGGCUACCGUCUUCUCCCGGCCUUCAAUACAACUACAGGUGUCCCAUAUCCAAAGGUAAACCUCAGGCAUGGUCUCGGUAAAGGACGCUCUGAAAGGGACACUUGUACAGCCUGUGCGGGAACUAUGCUCCUGGAAUUCUCUACUCUGAGUCGACUCUCGGGUGACCCCAUCUUUGAGGAGAAAGCUAGGAGUGUUAUGCAGACCCUGUGGUCCAAGAGGCAGCGUACGAGUAACCUGGUUGGGACUGUCAUCAAUAUCCAUACAGGAGACUGGGUUAGAAGAGAAAGUGGAGUUGGUGCGGGCAUCGACUCCUACUAUGAAUACUUGUUGAAGGGAUAUAUUCUUCUAGGCGAUGACUCAUAUCUUGACAAAUUCAAUACACAUUAUGAAGCUAUACAGCGUUACAUUAGUGACGGCCCCCUCCUUAUGGAUGUCCAGAUGCACAGACCGCACGCAAGGUCAAGGAACUUUAUGGAUGCCCUCCUUGCAUUUUGGCCAGGUCUUCAGGUCUUGUUUGGUGAUAUCGAGCCAGCAAUAGAAACACACGAGAUGCUUUAUCAGGUUACACAGAGGCAUAACUUUCUUCCAGAGGCAUUCACUCCACAGUAUGACGUAUACUGGGGGCAGCAUCCGUUGAGACCAGAGUUCAUCGAGAGCACUUAUAUGUUGUACAAGGCGACGAGUGACCCCUACUACCUCGAGGUCGGGGAGAAGAUCAUCGAAGCUCUGCAGAAUCACGCUAGGGUCCACUGUGGGUUCGCAGGUAUCAAAGACGUACGGACAGGCAGUCAUGAAGAUAGGAUGGAUUCCUUUGUGCUGGCCGAGACUUUCAAAUACCUCUACCUGCUCUUUGCGGAACCCGAAGACUUGACCAUCAACGUGGACAACUAUCUCUUCACAACAGAAGCCCACCUCCUCCCUCUCUCCCUCUCGAAAUUCAAGUCCGACCAGUCCAAUUCCAGUCUACAUUUCAAUGCGACCUCGGAGACGGAUGAAGGUUUGACUACUUCGGUGGUGCUAGACCGAUCCUGCGCUAACCACAAGUACCUCUUCCCAGGUGGCAGCACCUACGCUCAAGCUCUCAGGGAUCCUCUCAAAAAAGCCAAAAAUGUCCAGAACUCCCAAUGCCCUAGCAGUCAGCAGCCAAGCUCAUCUGUUUCUAAUGCACCUCGACUCAAAGCUGCCGAGUUUGUCCCAGGUAACCCUGAUCACAUGCAGCAGCUUAAUAAGAUGGGUAUUCGACUUCUGACUAUGAAAGACGGACGUGUUCAGCUCAUGCAUACUGCCACCAAUGCUGUUACGACUCAGGCGGCUGAGCAGGGCGCCCUCUUCAUGCAGGAGAUGAUAGAACUUUCGAAGAGCCAACAAGCGGAAGUUGCAGAGAACCACCCUCGUGUUGUUCAGAUUAUGUCACCUACUAUACUAAAGAACAUGGUGCUGGCAGCAGGACCCGCUCAGUUUGGAAUGGAUCUAAAUGAAAAUUUUGCUGCCGUGGGGGAACUGGUUGUAGCGGAUCCGUUCACAGCAUGCAGCGGUAUCACCAACGGUCAUCUUAUGCAGGGCAAGAUAAUCAUCAUGUCAAGGGGAGAAUGCAUGUUUGUUGAUAAGGCAAGGAACCUGCAGAAGUUCGGCGCCCACGGCGGCAUCGUCAUCGACAACGUCGCUGACACCAGCAGCGACACGUCGUCCAUGUUUGCCAUGUCCGGUGACGGCACAGACGACGUCAACAUCCCCAUGGUGUUCCUGUUCUCCAAGGAAGGGAAGCUUCUCCUGGACGCUAUCCAGGAACAUGGUGUGGUCGAGGUGCUGCUCCUGGACAAGGCAAAGACUCUUAGUGAACUGAAUGAAAUCUGGGGCCACUUUCAUAACAAAGACCCAAGUAGCUCCCCAUUCCAGAUCAGGGCAAAAGUGGAGGGUGUCCAGGUUUCGCCAAUCGCUGAAGAGGAACAGACCCACUUCAUCGACCUCGAUGAUGAGACCUACGAUGAGGAUGGUGACGAGGAGUACGAGUGUCGUGCAACUAACAUUGCGAAUGUUAUCGACAAAGGAGGUAGUCCGUCUGGGUCAGCUGACCAGUCAGUGGAUACCAAGCAGCAGCUCUCCAAUUACCUCCAGGAGAUCACCCACUUCGCCCUGACCAAGAGCGAUAUCAACAAGUUGGUGUCCCAGCUGCAGAACGUGGAAGGUCUCGGCGAGGACUUCAAAGAGGUAGUGAAUGACAAGUUGGAGAAGAUCAUGAAAGAGUACGAGAACGUGAAUGGGGAGUUCCGAGUGCGGGUAGAGCAAAGUGGCAACGGGGCCAUCUUCGAGUCCAGCGCGUCCCCAAGCCAGUUGCAGGUGGCCUUCGACACAGUCUGGAAGCAGUACUUGGAGACAGAGGACGGAAAGACCCUGCAGGCCAAGAGAGCAGACAGUGCCUUCAAGCACAAGAUAGACUCCUACAACAACUUCCAAGUCAACACCGAUUUGUUGGAUGCCAUUGGUAAUGUCCCCAAGGAGACAAUCGAGCGGAUAGUGCAAGAUUAUGUCAAAUAUGAGAACAUCAGGUUGCAAUAUGAUGAGGCUAACCCUAUACACAAUAUGGGUGAUAACCAACAUAUAGCACCGCCAGGGUCACCAUUAAAAUCAAACCAAGAUAUAAGUAGAACUAAGCCGUCGCUUGACGGCAUCAUAGUAGGUGAGGUUGAUAGGGACAACUCGAAUGCUGGUGCCUCUUCCAAAUCCGGAACCACCUCAGACAAUGCACAAAGUGGCAGCCAUAUAUCAAAGCAGUCCCUUCAUGAAGGGGACGAGGCAGCAGCUGUGGAUGGAAGCAACGUUGAUUCGCAGUCCUCGGAGGCUGCACAAGAGUUGCUGCAACGGCACAGUGAAAGGCAGCAACAAGUGGAAACAGAUCAGGACAAUGUUGACAGGACUCGUCCAGCCGAAAACCCAGAACAACCAUCCAGAGAUGAGCUUUGAAGCUUAACCUAAAAAAUUCCUUUAUCUUCCAUCAUAUGGAAGUAUUAUUGUGCAUUGCCAGUGUAUUGAGUCUUAAGAUGUUCACUCAUGUGAUGUAUUUGCCAAGUAUUCACUCUAUGUAUUACGUGGGUUCUAUGUGCAACCCAUUUCUGCCGGUUUAAAGAUAUAGUGGCUAUAUGUUAGUGACAGACUCGCUAAAACUGUGCGAGAUACCUGCAUCAUGUCAUAUUACAUUGAGUGAAUGGAAGUGGUGAUCACUAUUAUGACAUACAUAUAAAUUGGUUUAAAAAGCUACAGUAGGAUUUUACUUUUAUUAUUAUUAUUUUAUUUGGCAUUUUAAAAAACAUACAGAAUACAAACAAAUCAGAGACAAGAUCAAUCAAAAUUUUACAUGAUAGAGAAAAUAAGACCUGGAUGAGAGUUGGAGAGGCUGCCUGGGUACGGAAAAGGCUAACUUAGUAGUCAUAACCCACAGGUCUUCCUCCCCAAUUUGUCUCAGAAUAUAAUGUCAUUAAAAAAGGAAGAAGAAUUGGCUAAAGCCCAUCUACAUGUAAGAAUGAGAGGUAUUGGUGAAUGAGCUGUGUAAUUUGCAGAUAAAACAGUCAGUAUAUUAGAUGAUUCGGGGUCUGAAACUACAAAGCUUAGCAGUCUUCGUAGAACAUUUUUUUACAAUUAAUUGCAUUGACUACAAUGUAUAAUUUAUUAUUAAAGUCAAGCAUACGAUUAAUCGCUAACCUUUGUGUUACGGGACCCAGGAUGUGUUUCAUGAAGGAGUUUGUUAGGGUUGCGCACAAUUUUAGGCAAGACAGGAACAUGCGGCUUGUUGCUUAGUCAGAUUCUUCACCAUUUUGUUUCCCAUCAACUGGAGCUUUUAAGAUGAUCUAUGUAGAUUCAAACGUUUGUUGUUGAACAAGCAUUUAGAUGCAAAGUUUAUGAUACGUCAGAAUUUGAUUUUGUUUAGAGGAAGUUGGGCGUCUCAUUUAGCAUACUACCAGUGAGAACAUUUUCAAGACUUGCUAAGGUUUUGUACGACUUAUAAGCAGCUUUGUGAAACACCCCCUCAUUUUGAGACUCGGAAUUCUCAGUAACUUCUGGGGAGGGUUUCAUGAAAGAACUUGUCGGACGUUUUAUCCAACAAGUCCUGUUUUAUCCGACAGUUGUCAUAGUGACAGUGCUUCUCAGCCAAUCAAAACCAAGGAAAGUUGUCAGAUCUGACAACUUGUCGGAUAAAAAUAUUGAUGAAAUGCUCCCCUGAGCAUGAGGGGUCAUUAAAAAAAAUGUGCAAUUAAUUGCAAGUCAAUUAUAGGUUCCAUAAACUAUCAUAAUCGUUGCAAUUUAUUGCAAUUGUGCAAUGUGACCUGAUUCUUGCAACAGAAAGUUGAAAUUUGUUUCCUAUAACAUUGAUCCGUUGAUAGCAAAUCUGCACUCAAAACUUGAUUAUAAUAACUAAUUUUAUUGCACCAUCCCAAAGUGCUUGCAUGAACAAUCACUAAUUGGUCAUAUUUAGGUCCUAUAAGUUAUGACGGAAGAGGAAAAUGGGCUUCCACCUUGGGCAAAGUUAUAUGGCUGAUAUACAAGCACUAAUGAUUAAAAUAGACUUUUAUGUGAAAUUAAAUCUAUUUCCUGAAAAGAAAAUAAUUGUAAAUUGGUUUUAAGUUGUAGAGUGGUUGUAAGUAGAUAGAUUUGUAGUGGCCCAUAAGUGUAUGAAACAAAACACAAGAAAGAGAAAAUAAACCCACAGUUUUCUGAGUAUGAAUUAAUUUUUAGAUUUGAUUGAAAUUUUGAUCCGUUGAACAUUACCCAACCUCCCUUGUUCUCAAAGUCUAUGGUAGACUGCUCUUGGGAGGAAGAAUAUAAAAACCAUAAUUUUCAUGUUUACCUCUGUCUUUUGGGGUAUAUCAGUAAUAAAUCAUUUGUGAUCAGAAUUCUUGGCAUGUUUAAGAGACAUUAUAAUGUUUGAUGACAUUGUUUUGAGCCAUACAAUGUGUGCCCUGUAUGAAGAUACAAUCAAUCUUACAAGUGAUAUCAAUUGUAUAUUGCAAUCCAUAUAAUACUGAGUAGUUACAAUUGAUUAUAAGAUUGAUUCUAUCUCUUACUGCAUCAGGGCCAAUAGAAUAUACUAUUGCAUUGUGUUGUGGAAUAUUGUAUAUAAGCAGAUGGAAUAUACUGUGAUCGUAAUUUAAUAAUUUCUUUUCAAUUUCAUCAGAAUUGCAUUAUUAUGAUUUUUAUUUGCAUGGAUAUGUACAGAUACAGGUACCUGAUAGUCUUCUAGAUCAAAUACUAUAUUUUUACAUUAUGUUGUGUCAUUUUAUUUAUUCCAUUUUAAUUCCAUUUUACUCGAUUUACCUGUUGAUAGUGUAUUUGUUAUGGAUGUUUGCAUGAAAUUGUUUUAUUUUUAAUUUAUAGUAUAGAUAUUUCCAACUCUUUGAUUUUAAUAUCUAAAUGGUUUUGUAUACAUGAUGUACUUGUUCAUUUCAUUAGUUUGUUUUAUUUUAGUGGAGGGGUGCUAUGUAGUAGAUGACUAUAAGGAGUGUAAAACAAAGAGGGACAUAGAAAAGU